GACUGAAACUGAAGGAGAACAGGAAGAGAGGAACAGGAUGGAGAGAGUCCUCCUUCUGUGCAUCUGUGCUGCUUCAGUGCUGAGAGCUGUCUGCCCACUUCUGGCAAAUAAAUACCGUUUUGUUAAUGAGAUGAAGACCUGGACUGAAGCCCAGAGUUUCUGCAGAGAAAAGUACUCCGACCUGGCAGCGAUACAGGGAAUGGACGACGUGACGAUGCUGAAUGAGCAGGUGGAUCAGAGUAAAAUGGGAGACAACCAUGUAGCCUGGAUCGGACUGUAUGAUGACAUGAACAGCUGGAUGUGGUCCAUGUCAGACUCAGACUUCUACCAACAUGAUGAGAAUUUCACAAACUGGAAAACUGAAGAACCAAACAACUAUGCUGGAAUAGAGAGCUGUGUUGAGAUGUAUGAUAAUGGACGCUGGAACGACAAACCUUGUGCUGAACAAAAAAACUCAAUCUGCUUUGAUGUCACAGGGACAAAUGUGACGUUUGUUCACAUCAGCAUCAAAAUGAACUGGACUGACAGUCAGCGUUACUGCAGAGAGGUCCACACAGACCUGGCCAGUGUGAGGAACAUAGCAGAGAACCAGAAGGUCAAUGAGCUGAUGUCACCAGGAGAAAAGGUCUGGAUCGGCCUUUUCAGAAAUACCUGGACGUGGUCGGAUGGAACCAGCUCUGCAUUUCGGUACUGGAGUUCUGGGGAACCCAAUGGAAACAGUGACAACUGUGCUGCUGCAGACAUGAAAAAUCAUGGAAAAUGGGAGGACUGGAACUGUGAAGUAAAAACAACAUUUAUUUGUUCUGCAGAUCCGGUUCACACCAAGCAAGUGAAACUGAAGGUGGUGGGAAGUUCCUCUGUGGACCUCAACAACCCUGAUGUGCUAGAAGACCUGCUGAAAGAGAUGAAGCAGAAGCUGAAGGACCAGGGAGUGGAUGAAGACAUCAGACUGAGCUGGAAGAAGCAGGAGGAUGGAAAGAUCUUCCACAAAGAUGAAGAGAAGUCCAGGAAUAAUAAUAAUAAUGAGCUUUAGACCUAACUCUGUUUCUUCAGAUAAAAUAUCUCCUUUUCUGUUUUCUUCAUCAGUCUGUGUCAUUGUCUGAUUAUGAUGUUUCAAAAAUAGAGGUGAGGCUCACAACAGUUUUUUAAAUAAAAGCUGAAGAUUGGGAGGGCUGCUGAAAAAAAGUAAGUCCAUAGAUUGACAGAGAAGCUCCUGCCUGUUUAGCUUAUCUUAUUGUUUAUUUCAAGGCAGAACAACAAAUACAGUACAAUAAUAUAAUGCAAUAAAGAAUAAAGUAGCCUGAUGGUCUCAUUUUUGAAGGGGGAGGGUGUGGGGUAGGUAGC